AAAUGGGGUAUAUUUUUUUGGUGUAAGUGUAGCACGGUCCAGUUAAUAAGAGAUGUGAGGGAGGGGGUUUUCAUGGCUCUCGCUGGAAUAUUACUCUGCUCGAGCUCUUGCCUGAGUUUACACAGUAAAAAUGGAGUCUUUGUGUCAAACCCUUGCAAUCAUUCUCUUUUUCCCAGAAAUUUGUCCACCAAAAAUACCCAAUUUCUAAGGAUCAAAGAACACAGCUUGAAACGACCAUCCAGUUCUGGAAAAGGCCUUCCCACCGAGUUGAUUGAAGAGUCCAAGUUUGUCCCUUUAAAUGCGGACGACCCAAGAUUUGGCCCACCUGCUUUGUUGCUGCUGGGAUUUGAACUAGAGGAUGCUGUAAAGAUAAAACAACUUCUGAAAGAACUUGAUGGUGAAUUCCUAGAGAUCAUAUUCUGCACGGAAGACAUGAUAUCUCGCCCACUCUGGGAAGCAGUGAAUACACAACAACCAAAUUUUAAAGCUUUGAAGAUUGCAAAACCACUUCCAAGGAUAUGCUUUAUGUCUGGUCUUACCGGAGAGGAGAUGAUGAUGUUUAUAGAUGCCUUUUCAUCAACAGGACUUGAAGAAUCGGUGUUUGCAGCCGUGGUUCCUAAUGCAGCAGAUAAACAAGUCGAAGAGCUGAUCGAGGAAAUCAUGGGAGACCACCAAAUGCUGUCUACAAGACACACUUCACACGUCCAGAGUCAGGCUUUUGCUGCAGAUUAAGAUUUCCAUAUAUUAGUAUAUUGUCUUAUAAGUGAAAAUAUCUUUCGCCCAAUUUUUACUUGACAUCGUUGAGCUGAAGUGCAAAUAUACUGCAAAGAUGAUUUCUCUAAAUCCUUUUCCACAUCCAAACUUGAGCAAAACACGCACACAAGAGAGGGCAAAGUUUGAGCCCCUUGGCAUGCUAACACUGACAUUUCUUCUCAUUUGUCAUGCUCAACUAAUUCUUUUUCUUCUCAAGGGAUUAUAGCCCUAAACUAAAGGUAUUGUCUUAGA